CGCCAUGGCCGGUUGUGCCCGCGGGUCCGCGCGUGCAGUGCUCGCCUUCCUGCUGGCGCCCGCACUGGUGGCCCUGCUGGUGACGCCGGCGCGGGGCCGGGGUGGCCGGGGCCACGGGGACUGGGGCGCCGCCGAGCUGCUGCCGCCCCGCGAGAACGCGGCGCUGGUGGCUCGCUUCGUGACGAACGUCUGCGACUGGGGCGCGCUGGCCACCAUCUCCACUCAGGAGGGGGUGCGCGGCCGACCCUUCGCCGACGUCUUAUCGCUCAGCGACGGGCCCCCGGCCAAGGGCAGCGGCGUGCCCUACUUCUACCUGAGCCCGAUGCAGCAGUCGGUGAGCAACCUGAAGGAGAAUCCAUAUGCUACACUGACCAUGUCUUUGGCAGAGACUAGUUUCUGCAGGAAAUACGGAUUUGAUCCCCAAAGUCCCCUCUGUGCUCACAUAAUACUAUCAGGAACUGUUAUCAAGGUGAGUGAAGCAGAAAUGGACGUUGCAAGGAAUUCAUUAUUCAUUCGACACCCUGAGAUGAAAACCUGGCCAUCCAGCCAUAAUUGGUUCUUUGCAAAGUUGAAUAUAACCAAUAUCUGGGUCCUGGACUACUUUGGUGGACCAAAAAUAGUGACACCUGAAGAAUAUUAUAAUGCCACAUUUCAGUGAAGCAGCAUAUGGCGAAUUUAACCUCAUGUGCGAAGUUUCUUAGGAAGUUUCAUGCAGACUUAAAGCGCUUAAUGUUUCUUUAUGGAAAGUUUCCCAGAAUAUUAGACAGUUUUCUUUC